CUCGCUCUCUCUCCAGACAAUAUCCCAGAGGACUUGAGGGACCCCUUCUACACGGACCAGUAUGACCAGGAGCACAUCAAGCCACCUGUGAUUCGGCUGCUGCUCUCCUGCGAGCUCUACUGCCGGGUCUGCUGCCUCAUCCUCAAGGGAGACCAGGUGGCCUCGCUGCAGUCGCACCUGUCCGUCAUCCAGGCGCUGUCUCGCAAGGGAAUCUACGUGAUGGAGAGCGACGACACGCCGGUCACCGAGUCGGACCUCACCGGCAUGCCCAUCAAAAUGAGUGCUCAUAUCCCGAUGAUCGAUGCCCUUAUGAUGGCCUACACUGUGGAGAUGAUCAGCAUCGAGCGGGUGGUGGCCUGUGUGAAGCGCUUCUCCACCUUCAGUGCCUCCAAGGAGCUGCCGUUUGACAUUGAGGAUGCCAUGGUCUUCUGGAUCAACAAGGUCAACAUGAAAAUGAGGGAGAUCUCUGAGAAGGAAGUCAAAGUAAAACAGCAUCUUCUGGAGUCACCCAGUCACCAAAAGCCUGAUUUCAUGCUUGCUCUGGCCCACUGCAUGUUGGAGCCUGUGGAACUGUCACGCGUGGUGCGGUAUCGACGGGACCACGCCUCAGGCCGACAGAUGCCCUACUUUCCCCUGGUGGAGGACCUGAUGAGAGAUGUGUGCGAUGGAGCAGCGUUGCUGACCGUGGUCCAUUAUUACUGCCCCAAUGUGAUGAAGCUAGACGAUAUCUGCUUAAAGGAAGUGACCUCGAUAGCUGACAGUCUGUAUAAUAUCCAGCUCCUGAGGGAGUUUGCCAAUGAGUACCUUAACAAAGGCUUUUAUCUGACACUAGAGGACAUGCUCUAUUCACCACUUGUGCUCAAACAUAAUGUCAUGGUCUUCAUCGCCGAACUCUUCUGGUGGUUUGAGAUUGUUAAACCUGAAUUUGUUCAGCCAAGGGACGUCCAAGAAUCCAAAGAUGCCCGAGCCUUGGCUCAGCCCAAGAGUCUCCGUCCCUCUGUCCCCAUAUCCAACGCCACCAAGCGCAGCUUCCUGGUCACACCUGGCGUGGCUGACCCAGCGCUUCCUGUCCAGAACAGUGCAGACCCGUGUAACAGGUACCUCCUGCACCCUGAAGAGUCUAACUCUCCUGUUAAAGGUAGUCCCAGCUUCAGUCUCCCACACCCUCUCCUCCCCUUGAGACAGAGGCAGCAGAAGCCCCAGCAAGGUGAAGACAUGCUGGGCAGUCGAAUUCGCUCCAACUCCUUCACACAAGACAGCCAAAGAGGAGCAGGCUGGGCUGAGAAGAGACAGAGACCACUCUCCCAGAUGAACCGCUUCCUCCUCCACUCGGCCACCGACUGUGAUGUCGACAUGCACUCGGGCGACAGUGGCAGCCUCACCUGCUCAAUCAGCGAGGACAGCCUGGCUGCGAGCAUCACCCCAAAGCACCAAGGCAUCCCCAGACGUGUCAACGGCCACGGGCUGCUUGGCAACGUCAACAUGGUGGAGGAGGAUGAACAACAGCGCCUGACGCUCAUAACCAGUGACGACGCAGUCUUGGCCAAUGCCGAAGCGGAGAGCCAGAGUGGUGCCCCUGUGGUGAGAACCAACUCCUGGUUGAGACAGGAAGACCAGGCCUCAGAUGGGGGUUUCUACAUGGAACCCUUGAUGCCUGCCGCCCUGAAACAGGCAAAGGAGAAGUCUGUUAAUCUGAAUAAAGAGGAGGAGUCAGGGGAGGUGCACAGAAGCUCCACCACCCGUAGAGUAGUCGGCGGUGGUGCUGGGGGAGGAGUAGAGCAGUCCGCAUCCUUCCCCAGACGGAGACCCACUCAUAGCCUUAACCGGACCUUCACCCCCAACUCCAGUGCUGAGUUUGUUGCCCAAGCUGCAGAGACUAACGGCAGUCAGGCUGAGACUCCACUCGUGGCCUCGAGCCAAGCCUUCAAGCCGAUAGCUGCCAGCAGUGCGGAGCUCUCCCCCACCGACCGCUCCCCGGGCUUCUUCCUGCACUCCUUGGUGCAAGAUGACAAGCAGCCCGAGCAGGCUUGGGAGAUGCAGUCAGACUCUGACACCAUGGACUUGACCGACAUGCAGGACCUGGAGCUCAACAAGGACGAUCUUUACCCGGACAAGCAGCACCUGGACUAUGAGGACCAGGAGUCGGCCAAGCUGCGCGAGGACAUGAGCGUGAAGGAACACGAGGACAAGGACGGCGGCGGCGGUGGCGGUGGUUGUGAUGGCCCGGACAGCCGUUGCUCCAGCCCCGGCGUCAGCAGUGUCCACUCGGCGGCCAGCAGCGUGGCCAGUGGCAGUGUGCGCAUGACCAGCUUUGCCGAGCGGAAGCUGCACCACGCCCGCUUCGGGAGCAACCAGGAUCUGCGCUCGGCCAGCAGCUCCCAGAGGACCACGCCGGACGGCUCGGAGAACAGCUACUCGCUUCCCGUUGUCACCUCCUGGAGAAGCAAGCGGGACCAGAGCCCUACGCCGCCGCAGGGCAAGGACUGCGCCAACGUGCUGGCUUCGGAGCUGGUGCAGCUGCGCAUGCAGCUCGAGGAGAAGCGCCGCGCCAUCGAGACUCAGAAGAGGAAGAUGGAGGUGCUGUCGGCGCGCCAGCGGCUCAAGCUGGGCAAGGUGGCCUUCUUACACAUUGUGAGGAAGGGCAAGAGCGACACGCUUCCUCAGCCCAUCAAAUCGGACCACUGGUUGAAGGAUGCCAAAAGGCUCAACGGCGAGAGAGCAAGAGAGGCCGCGUCUAAAGACGAUGCCUGUGUGGACGCGCUCCGAGCCGGGGCAAAGGAGGUGGCGAAGUUAUCGGAGGAGAAAGGGACUCGGGAGUGGGUGAGUAGCAGUAGCUCGCCCGUAUCUCCUGUAAUUGAAUCAAAGGGCUUGGUGGUGGAAGAGGAGCUGGAUCUGAACGAAUGCAACCGCUCUAUUGAGUUGCUGAACGACGCCAUUGGCAGCAUCCAGCAGCAGAUGAUGCAGCUGUCCGUGCAGCAGGAGCGACUGAUGAAGCAGAACAUCAUGUCCCCACCGCCCGGGGUGCCCGCGUCUCCACUGGCCGACCAGGAGGACGUGCCUGAGGAAAAAUUCCCACAGGCGGUCCACUUUGAGACGCUACCAGCCACGAGCGGGACCGUGAGAAAGCCUCCAAAGCUGAGCUCCGCUCGAGGCAGCCGCACUAAACCCUCAGAGCUCAAACUUGCCAAGGAGCAGGGCAGGCUGGGGAUUAGGGGCACCACCCCUACCCAGAGAGUCGCCAGCCCUGGGGGCAGGACCCCCAGAGCAGAGCCUGAGGAUGUCACGACACAGGAUGCAGGGAACCUGAGGAGCACCCCGCCAUUCCAGCUCCACGAAGAGGCCAACCUCCGGAAGGCAGCCUCAAAGGUCCCAAUGGGCAUGUCCUUCGACCAGGGCUUUCCUGGCGCUUUGACGGAAUCGGACCACACUGCUGAAGACACGGACGGAAACGAGGAAAUGACCUUCGAAGAAGACUCGAGAAGCAAAGCCAACCUCAUUGAGGUGGACCUGUCAGACUUGACCGGGGAGACGGAAGAAGGGAGCUCCAUUAUACUCGAUGGAGCUGGCAUGGGCUUCUUUUUUACGGAUGAGCAAAAGGCUGAGGAUGAACUGGCCAAGAAACGAGCUGCAUUCCUCCUCAAGCAGCAGAAGAAGGCCGAGGAGACGCGACUGCGCAAGCUGCAGCUGGAAGUCGACAGUGAGCAAAAGAGAGAUGAGGCCAGGCGCAAAGCUGAGUCGGACCGCAUCAGGAAGGAGGAGGAGAAGGCCCGACGGGAGCUCAUCAAGCAGGAGUACCUGAGGAGGAAGCAGGAGGAGCUGCUUGAGGAGCAGGGCCAGGGCCAGGCCCAGCCAAGGCCCAAGCCCAAGCCUAGGCCCAAACCCAAGAAGCAUCGGCCCAAAUCUGUAUUCCAUGACGAGUCUGUCAGUGAUGGCUUCUCCAAGUGCUCCCCUGCUCAUGAUAAUCUGAUCAAUGCCCAGUCUGGCUCCAGCCUCUCUUUGGCCUCUGUAGCUACCACGGGGGCCGACAGUGUCAACUCAGGCGGGGCUGGAUCUCAGCGAGGCGAGUCUGUGGACUCAUUCCCAGGCCUUAGUCGUAAUUCCAGUCGCGCAACAGAGAGGGAUUGGGACAACGGGUCCACAGCAUCCUCCAUCACAUCUACGUCCAUGGCAGAGUACACCGGCCCAAAACUCUUUAAGGAGCCAAGUGCAAAGUCCAAUAAGCCGAUUAUUCACAAUGCCAUUGCCCACUGCUGCUUAGCUGGAAAGGUCAACGAACCAGUGAAGAACUCCAUCCUUGAGGAGCUGGAGAAAUGCGAGUCAAACCACCUGAUGAUUCUGUUCCGAGACGGAGGUUGCCAGUUCCGGGCCCUCUACUCCUUCUUGCCAGACACGGAGGAAAUCCACAAGAUCACUGGCACAGGGCCCAGGAGCAUCAGCAAGAAGAUGAUCGACAAGCUCUACAAGUACAGCUCAGACCGCAAACAGUUCAAUCACAUCCCAGCCAAGACCGUGUCCGUUAGCGUGGAUGCCCUGACUAUCCACAAUCACCUGUGGCAGGUCAAGAGAUCCACCGGACCCAAGCGGACCGGGAAAUGAACAGACUGGACAUUUGAUGUGGAGGAGGAGGAGGACUCCUGUACUUGUCCCUCACAUACUGUUGACAGAUGAGAGGUGACGAGAAUGAUGUUUGUUGAUGCUUGUGAGAAUGUCUGCACCUACUGGCUCUCCAUCUGACAUCUGAUCUGAUAAAGGGUUAUUGUUUUUCUUUUUGUUUGUUUUGUUUUUUUCCUGUUCUUCCACUGCAGACUGGUUAGCAUGCCGUGGCAUUUUUUCGCGGUGUCAAUAAUGGUCAUGACUUUUUCUCCACGUUGGUAGGUUCCUUGUUACUUGAAGUAUUUAUUGCUUUUGGCACAUUGUUUUGGUCUUGCCGACUCUCUCACCCCGUGCCCAGUUAUCCGACACACUAAAAGGGGAAGAGGGGGCCAAGAGUAUUGAACUGCUCUGUUCUGUCGAAAAACUGUGGAUUUGUCUCUUCACUGUACAGAGUAAUGCGGACAAAAACGAACUGCUCAUUACACCCGGACGCACUUGCCGCACAUCCUCGACGGAGGUGGGAGCAGCAAAUCCCACAAUCCUGAACUCAUCAGAAGAAAACUAAAUGGUUGGGCGACUCGCUCCACUAUCUCUCUCUUUCUCUUUUUCUCUCUCUCUCUCUCCCUCUCUCUCUCUCUCUCUCUCUAAAACAUGCUGCUUGAAAAUGUCCUGGGAGAGCCUAGGCAUCAGUACGUUCGCCCUCACUCUUGGUGAUGCUGUCGUCUUAUUUAUUCAGUGCUUUAAGAAGCUUGUCAGCCGUAGCACAGCUGUAUAAAGCUCUUUUAGGGUCCGACAAUAGGCCUUGGUACAAAUGUCAGAUGCUGUUUGAUUGUUUGUUUGUUUUAUUCCGUUUUGUAUUUACUUUCAUUGAUCUAAUGUUAAAUAGAUGUGUUACUUCACUGGACUCUGUCCUGUAAAAUGGUGCACUUCAUCAUCAUGUCCUAAUGCUUUUAUCAUGCAAUCUAAGCAGAAGUAAUGUCAAUGCUCUUUCUCUUGCUGUGUCUGUCUCCCUCUCUUGAAAGAGCAGCAUGCUCUAUUACAAGGAGUAUGUGGCUAUAAAACUGAAUGACAGUACCCAAUAUAUUCAUAAUUCUUUUAACUUGCCAUUGUCGUGGAGUUAUUUCCUGGCACGUAGAACAUUCCGUAACUAUGUCAACACUGCUGCAUCUAUCCCUUAUUUCAUUUUUUUGUCUUUUUUUUGUUCUUUCAUUUUAGUUUUUUUCUUUGUUUUUGUUUUUCGCUUUGUAGAAGCCACAUGCCGGCCUCGAACAAAUGGAAGUGUCGCACAAGCACUUUAUACGCGCUGACUAAGUGACAUGAGGGAUUUUCACUGCAAGCUCACUAAUCUAGGUCUGUUUCAAGAAAUGUAGUGGAAUUAUAAGUGGUUUAUUCAGUCUGUCAAUGUGUGCAGAGUAGCACAUGAGUCAUUGAGGCACUCAGACCAGAUUUACAUGUAUAUGAGACAUUUUGAGUAUAUUUUAAAAUUAUUUGCUGUUUUUUGUUUUUAGUCAUUUCGUUCCUCUCAAAUAAUUCUAGUACUGUCAUGGCUCGGAUAAAAAAACUCGACGAAACAGGAACAGAAGUGAAACUAACACAAAUAGGUUCCAAAAGACCAAACACUAAGACGUAGUACUGACAAGAGCUAGCUGAAGGUUCUCCAGGAGCUCUCAAACUACGGGUUCCAAAAAAGGCUUUAGAAAACUUGAUUCUAAUGUGUUGCUGCAUUUUGUUUACUUUUUAAAUAGGAGUUUUGUAUAUUAAUUGUUUUAUACUCACUAAAAGAUUGUAUUGAAAUCCAUCACCAUUUUUAAUACUGUGCUUUUCAUGCUUGGUCAUUUUAAAAGUUUCUUUAUCAUACCACUUAUUUAUUUUAAAACGAGACACUGAAAAUCAAUAAAUAUGUCGUCAAUAAAA